CAGUGGUUGCAUGUUACUAUGCGCUUGCAAAAUCUGUCACAGCCCUCCUUCACUACCUUGCCAACAGGAGCGACGCUAACGCGGUCCCCGCUCGUCGCUAAUUUGUCGCAUUGGAUUGGUUCCGGCGGCUGUGAUUUAGGAUUCAGCUCAGCUCAGCAACCGUCCUGCUGCUCCUCCAAUACCGGGGGGGGGGGAGAGAUCGUUUGCUGUUUUAGUUAACGUCAGUAAAGUUAUUUUUGAUUUAUAUUCAGUGCUUUUAAGUUUCGCGCAGCGGCUGCUUACAGUAGACAUCAGAGCAGGAUGUUAGUCAACAUGAGAUCGGCAGAUGGAGUCUCUGGCAGAGCCCGUGCCAACGAUUCGCGCUCCUACAGCGAUGCGAGUCGGUUUCACUCGGAGGAUGGGAAUACUCCUGCAGACGCAGCUGGAUCCUGACUGCACAAAUCUGUAUCCUUUGCGGUGCUUCAGCAUUUUUCGAUUUUAGUUUAUUGCCUCUGCUGUCGUAUGUGACAGCCUCUCUCUGAGCGAGGGUGCGUAUUGGGUAGCCUACUUUUGAAUUACGCGUUGAUUUCUUGCGUUAUUAUGUAAACAAUGCACCAUUUUGACGCAUGCACGAUGUGUUUACAGGACAACAUGGAGCAGCUAGAGGAGGAACUUACGUGCCCGAUCUGCUGCGGUCUUUUCGAGGACCCGCGGGUCUUAUUGUGCUCACACAGCUUUUGCAAGAAAUGCAUGGAUGGACUCUUGGAGGGGAGCCGAGGUCCAUCAUACAGAACCCCUUUCAAAUGCCCCACAUGCCGCAAGGAGACCCCUCAUAACGGCGCAAACAGCCUCCAGAUCAACUACUCUCUGCGAGGAAUUGUGGAGAAGUACAGCAAAAUCAAGGUUCUGCCUAAAAUGUCUUCUUGCACCCAACACUGCGGUCAGCCUCUUAAUAUAUUUUGCGCCACGGACCUAAAACUCAUAUGUGGGUUUUGCGCAACAACAGAUGAGCACAGGGGGCAUCAAUUCUGCUCAUUGGAGGAGGCAUACGGUCGGGAGAAGGCGGCGUUUGAAGAGCUGCUUCACGGGGUGGAGAGCUGGCAGAGCGCCGACAUCCUGUCCUGCCUGGAGACACUACAAACCAGUAAGAAAAAGGCGCUGCAGUCGGUGACCAAGGACGCGGAGAAGGUAACAGAAUAUUUCGAUAAACUCAUCAGUGGCCUCGAGUGCAAAAAGAGCGAGAUCCUCUCCGACUUCGAGACACUGAAGCUGGUGGUGAUGCAGGCGUACGACCCGGAGAUCACCAAGCUGAGCGCGGCGCUGGAGGAGCAGAGACGCGCGCUCAGCAUCGCGGAGUCCUUCAGGAGCGCCUCCGACCCCCUGUGCUUCCUGGAGCAGAUGCAGGAGUUUCGGGAGAAGUUCAGGGUCCUGAAGGAGACCUCCCUGCCCCCGAAGACGGAGAUGAACGUCGGUCCUCUCGUGCGCAAUUUUGACGUGAAAAAGUGGGAUUCGCUGAGGCUCAGAGAAGUGGACAAGAUCUCAGUCCCCCACGAGAAUGGCUCGUACAGAGUGGGGGGCUCACGGAUGGCAGCGCGCAGACGGAUCACCUUAUUAAUGAGUUUGCUGCUGCCGGUCCUGCUGCUGCUGCUGCAGCCGCACAUCCUCGCAGCCCACAUCAGCCCACAGAUCCAACCAAUGCUCACUACACUGUCCUCGCACUUUAGCCACAGCAGCGAGUACCUGUGGGGAAUGACUGACAUGUGCACGAGUCUGAUGGGUGCGGGCCAGGAGUGCAUCGUCAACCUACUUGACUCUACUGUCAGUUUUAUUGGCAGUUAUCCAACCUCCCUGAAUCAAUCACCAGAUGGUGUUACAUAGGAUUCAGACGCACAGUCACCAAUUCAUUCCUUCUUUUCCACAAAUGUACAAUCUAUUCAUUUUCUAAGCGUUGACAACUUUAUACUUCACUAAGAUCUUGACAAAUAAAACUUGAGAACUUUAACACA